AUGUCUAACAUCGGUGAUAACGUCAAGGAGACGAAACCAGAAUUGACUACAGCACCUACUAAUGAAGAAAAGGUAAAAGAUGGAAAAAAGGCUGCUGAAGAGGAGGAAUUGUCUGAGGAAGAUUUAAAAUUGAAGACUGAUUUAGAAAAUUUGGUUGAUAUUUUGAAAAGUGAUGAUUCUAAAUUAUUUGAAACAACUUUGAACCAAUUGAAGGAAUUUAUUAAAAAUUCUACUAGUUCAAUGACUGCUGUACCAAAGCCUUUGAAAUUUUUACGUCCUGCAUAUCCAGAUUUAUGUUCCGUUUACGAUAAAUGGACUGAUAAGACUUUAAAAUCUUCGAUUGCAGACGUUUUAUCUGUCCUAGCCGUAACGUAUUCUGACGAUAAAUCUCAUGAUUCCCUAAGAUUUAGAAUGUUAUCAGAUGAAACGAAUAUUGAUAGUUGGGGUCAUGAAUAUAUUAGACAUUUGGCAUUAGAAAUUGGAGAAGUUCAUAAUGAACAAAUCGAAAAAGAAGCAGAAGUUGCUUCUUCAGAUUCUGAAGGGGACGUUAAAGAGUUGUCUGGGUCAUCUUUUGAAUUUUCCAAGGAAUCUUUAUUGCAUUUAUCAUUAGAAAUUGUACCAUAUUUCUUGAAACAUAAUGGUGAAGCUGAUGCAGUCGAUUUACUAUUAGAAAUUGAAGCUAUUGAUAAAUUACCACAAUACGUUGAUGAAAAUACUUAUAGAAGAGUUUGUCAAUAUAUGAUAGCUUGUGUACCACUUUUACCACCUCCAGAAGAUGUUUCCUUCCUACAAACUGCUUACUCUAUAUAUUUAUCUGAAUCUCAAUUGACUGAUGCAUUGACCUUAGCCAUCAGAUUAGGUGAUGAAACUUUGAUAAGAGCAGUUUUCGAUGCUACUGCUGAUCCAGUUGUGCAUAAACAACUAGCAUAUAUUCUUGCGUCUCAAAGAUCUUCUUUCCAAUUUGAAAGCGUGCAAGACAUAAUUGGUAACACUAAGUUGUCAGAGCAUUUUCUAUAUUUAGCAAAAGAAUUGAACUUAACCGGUGCAAAAGUUCCAGAAGAUGUUUACAAAAGUCAUUUAGAUAAUUCUAAAUCUGUUUUUGCAGGUACAGGUUUGGAUUCAGCUCAACAAAAUUUAGCGGCAUCUUUUGUUAAUGGUUUGUUAAACUUAGGGUACUGUAACGAUAAAUUAAUUGUUGAUAAUGAUAACUGGGUUUAUAAAACCAAAGGUGACGGUAUGACUUCAGCAGUUGCUAAUAUUGGUUCAAUUUUUCAAUGGAACUUAGAUGGUUUGCAACAGUUGGAUAAAUAUUUAUAUGUUGAUGAACCUGAAAUUAAAGCAGGUGCUUUAUUGGGUAUAGGUAUUGCUGGUUCUGGUGUACAUGAUGGAGAUGUCGAACCAACUUUACUUUUACUGCAAGAUUAUGUCACAAGUUCGGAUCCAAAAAUUAGCUCUGCGGCUAUGUUAGGGUUAGGUAUUGCAUUUGCUGGUAGUAGAAAUGAAGAAGUUAUGGGGUUGUUGUUACCAAUAGCGGCUGAUACAUCCCUACCUAUUGAAACAUCUGUCAUGGCUUCAUUAGCGUUGGGUCAUAUAUUUGUUGGUACAUCUAACGGUGACAUUACAGCUUCUAUCAUCGAUAACUUUUUAGAACGUAGUGCUAUUGAGCUAAAAACUGAGUGGACUAGAUUUUUAACAUUGGCAUUAGGUUUGAUCUAUCUAGGUCAAGGUGAACAAGUUGAUGAUGUCUUGGAAACAAUCAGUGCUAUUGAACACCCAAUGGUUUCUGCUAUGGAAGUACUAGUAAGUGCGUGUGCUUAUACAGGUACCGGUGACGUCUUAUUAAUUCAAGAUUUAUUGCAUCGUCUAACUCCAAAAUCUGUAAAAAAAGAAGAUGAAGAAGAUGAAGAAGAUGAGGGAGAUAAAGAAGAUUUGAGUAAGUUCUUGGGUGAACAACUAUCUGAGAAAACAGAAGCCUCUGAUGAAAUGGAUGUUGAUGAAGUUGAAGAACCUACAUCUUCUGAACCAAAAGCCAAGAAGGAUCCUACUACUACGGAAGAAGUAAAAGAUGAUAAUGAACAAAAAUCUGAUGGAGUAAAGGAGGAAGGAUCGAGUGAUAAUAAGAACACUGAAGAAGAUGCAUCUCAGACUGAUGAAGUAUUGUAUGCAGUUUUAGGUAUUGCUAUGAUUGCUCUGGGUGAAGAUAUUGGUAAGGAAAUGACUUUACGUCAUUUUGGACAUUUAAUGCAUUAUGGUAACGAGCAUAUACGUCGUAUGGUACCUUUGGCAAUGGGGUUGGUUUCUAUAUCUGAUCCUCAAAUGAAGGUAUUUGACACUCUGUCACGUUUUUCACAUGAUCCAGAUAUCGAUGUUUCUAUCAAUUCUAUUUUAGCAAUGGGUCUGUGUGGUGCUGGUACCAACAACGCUAGAUUAGCCCAAUUGUUAAGACAAUUAGCAAGUUAUUAUUCACGUGAACAAAAUGCAUUAUUUGUAACAAGAUUGGCACAAGGUUUGGUCCAUCUUGGUAAAGGUACUAUGACUUUAGAUGUCUUUAACGAUGCCCAUUUAUUAAAUCAUGUUACAUUAGCAUCAUUAUUGACUGUUUUGGUUGGUAUGUCAUCUCCAUCAUUUAUGUUAAAGCAUCACCAAUUAUUUUUCAUGUUGAAUAGCGGUGUUAGACCCAAAUACAUUAUUACAUUAAAUGAAGAUGGCGAACCAAUAAAGAUCAAUGUUCGUGUUGGUCAAGCUGUUGAUACAGUCGGUCAAGCUGGUAAGCCAAAAACAAUUACUGGUUGGAUUACUCAGUCUACUCCAGUCUUAUUAAAUCACGGUGAGAGAGCUGAACUUGAAACUGAUGAAUAUAUAAGUUAUACCAAAAAUAUUGAAGGUAUUGUGAUACUGAAGAAAAAUCCAGAUUAUGACAGUAAGGAAUAG